AUGUAUCUCCAUAUCUUGACUGAUAAGCAUAAUUCUCGUCUGACAUUUGGUGCAUUUAAAAGGCAUUGGGGCAUUUACGAGACAGAUGGGAAUCCAAAGUACAAGAUUGAUUUCUCACUACAGGAUCGCGACAAGUAUCCUACAGAGGCUAAGGGCAUAGUGAAAAUGCCUAGUCGAUGGUGCAAGUUCAAUGGGGACAAAUCAAACAUGAAUUCUGUGAAUAAGAAUUAUAAUCUCGCAUGCGAAAAAGCAGAUUGUACGGUACUGGAAGUAGGAGCUUCAUGUGGUGGAAUGAGUUUUGAGUCCAAGGUUUCGUAUGCUUUUAAUGCAUAUUUCCAAAUGUUCAAACAAGAUAUAGAUCAUUGUGAAUUUGAUGGUUUAGGAGAAAUUGUAGCAACAAAUCCCUCUCCAGACAGUGGCGGACCCAGGAUUUUAAGGUCGUGGGUGCUGACCUCCCUUUAA